UAUCAGUUGCAGUGAGCUCAAUAUUGGUAGGCCUAAUCUUAGUAGGCAGAGCUGCGUUCGUAUUCCCCUUGUCGUUUUAAUCCAACUUAGCAAAGAAAAACUCUUCCGACAAGAUAUCCUUCAGGCAACAAAUAAUAAUUUGGUGGGCUGGUCGAAUGAGAGGCGCCGUCUCAAUAGCACUUGCGUAUAAUACGUUUACAACCUCGGGGCAUAUGUCAUUGCACGAGAAUGCAAUAAUGAUUACAAGUACUGUUACGGUUGUUCUGUUCAGCACAGUUGUAUUCGGGUUGAUGACGAAGCCUCUGAUAAACCUUCUGCUACCCCCGCACAAGCAGAUACCAAGCGGUCAUUCGUCAAUGACAACAUCCGAACCCAGUAGUCCAAAGCACUUCACGGUGCCACUCCUGGACAACCAACCUGACUCAGAAAGCGAUAUGAUAACCGGACCUGAGGUUGCUCGACCAACUGCCUUGCGCAUGCUGCUAAGGACGCCAACCCACACCGUGCACCGCUACUGGCGUAAGUUUGAUGAUUCGUUUAUGCGUCCCGUGUUUGGCGGGCGGGGAUUCGUUCCGUUUGUCGCGGGCUCACCAGUUGAGCAGAGCCCUAGAUGAGGUACAAAGUACAAACAAGACACUGUUGCUGGGUGAAAUAGUGUAAGUUGUAUCAUAGUUGAUUCUGGUUGCCCCUCUUAUGAAAUGGGCUGGGUGAAAGUCUUCUCACUAGCUAGGUUGCAUUGCAUUGCUACUUCAUAAAUGUUUUAUUUUAUUUUGUAAAUGUUGGUGCAUUUUAGGUACUUGUAUUAACACCUCAUUUGUAGCAUAUUAUUUGGUACAGAGUAUUUUUUUUAUGAAACAAUAAUGGCUGAAUUAUCAAUUUGGCUCUAUGUUUUGAUGCUUA